AUGUUUAAAGUGUCGUCGAUUUUGAGAUGCAAUAGCAGAGGGCUGAAUGAGCCAGUGUCAGAAGGCCACUUCGAGGCAUGCACGCCCUGUACGCACAGCACGAAUGUCAGCUGGAGGCAGAGCCUAGCGCUAGAAAGAGAGCAACAUAGGCCGGAGUUCGAGGGAGGAGCUGAGAGCUGA